AGUAUCGGGAUCAAGCUAACAAGCUGACGGUGCUUAGACAGCACAGCCAUGAUUAUCCCGAUCCGCUGCUACUCAUGUGGCAAGCUGAUUGGCAACAGGUGGGAGAAGUACUUGCAGAUGCUGCUGAGAAAAGCUGAAGAACAGGAGAAGGAAGACAGAGAACAUCCGGAGGACAAGACAAAGCCAAAGCCAGCACCCGAAAAGGAGGUUCUGGAUGAGCUUGGCUUCACUAGGUAUUGCUGCCGCCGAAUGAUGUUGACGCACGUGGAUUUGAUUGAGAAGGUCAUGAAUUACAACAUUUACGAAAAGCGCGGGUUUCAAGCGCAAAUGGAGGAUGAUGAGGAUGACGCAGCGAUGAGUGAUGCCGCAUGAUGCCGACCGGUCCCAAAUGUGGAGGUCACGGACAGAAAGGCCGCAC